AUGGCUCCUGCUCAGCCAGAACUCAAGAAGUACCUUGACAAGAGGUUGUUCGUCCAGCUGAACGGCAGUCGCAAGGUCAUUGGCUUGCUGCGAGGAUAUGACGUGUUCCUGAACAUCGUCCUCGACGACGCAGUCGAGGAGAAGGAGGGCGGCGAGAAGGUCCGGUUAGGCAUGGUCGUCAUUCGAGGAAACUCGGUCGUCAUGUUGGAAGCGCUCGAGAGAAUUGGCGGUGAUCGCGACAAAUGA